GACUGCUGCCGUCUGUCGGCGAAUGCGAGCAGAGCUGAGCAGUGAAGGCGUCGUCACAGUUGAGGACAAAACGCGAGUCUUUGAAGACAUUAAAAGACAUUUUAAUGAAGACUUUGAAUCAAACCGAUCGAUGACUGACCGCUUUCGGGUCGUCUUCCCAGUUGACAACCCCUUCAAUUGCACUGCCAUUCGCCGUCAUUGACACAGAAGACGCCAAAAGCAAUGGAGCUGUGAUUCGCGCGUCGCUGUUGUGGCCGAAGAUGUCGCGCUCUUUCGCGGGUCUUUCGGGCACUUACAACGUGCGCGCGAAUGAGUUGGCGCUCCAGAAGAAUGUGCGGACGAUUCGGUGUUUGGUUUACUUUUUGGACGAAACGCAACACGUCUUCGAAGUCGACAGACGAGAAAAAGGAGAACUGCUUUUGGAUCUCGUUUUCAGACAUUUGGAACUCAUUGAAAGAGAUUACUUCGGACUUCAGUUUUCCGACGGAUCCGACUGUCUUCGCCACCGAUGGUUGGAUCCGUCGAAACGCAUUCGAAAGCAACUGAAAGCCGGAGCGCCGUAUCUUCUGCACUUUCGGGUCAAAUUCUAUGUCUCGGAUCCGUCGCGUCUUCUCGAGGAAUACACGCGAUACCACUUCUUCUUGCAAAUACGUCGCGAUCUGAUGUCCGGAAGAGUUCGUCCGAACGGAAAUCAAUUGUCGAUUUUGGCCUCUUUUGCCGCGCAAUCGGAAUUCGGAGAUUUCAGUCCUGAAGAACACCGAAACGGAUAUACAGUUUCUCUUCGAAUGACUUCUAAUCCAAAUCCGGAUUUCGAAGAAUCCGUUCGAGAAUUACAUCGAAUGCAUUUCGGACAAACGCCGGCCGACGCCGAACUCCAUUUUCUAGAAGAAGCCCGAAAUCUCGAGUUAUAUGGCGUCGAAUUGCAUCGAGCCAAAGACUCCGGAGGAAGGGAUAUUCAACUGGGCGUUUCGGGAAACGGACUUUCGGUUCUAAUUAACGGACAAUUAAUUAAUCGGUUUUUUUGGGCGAAAAUCGUAAAGAUUUCGUUCAAAAGAAGACAUUUUUUCAUUCAAUUGAGAAGAGAAGGAAUGGAUUCGGAAUUGGAUUCCGUUCUCGGCUUUAAUAUCGGUUCUUACGCCUCCUGUAAAGCCCUCUGGAAGUGUUGUGUCGAACAACACACCUUUUUUCGGUUGCAAACUCCGAAACCACACACAAAAAAGUUCUUUUUCUUCCUCAGUCUCGGUUCGCGUUUCAGAUAUUCGGGAAAAACCGAAUUUCAAACUCUCGAAGAAAACCGAAAACGUCUUUCCGCAAGAUCUGAUCGCGCUUUCGUACGCACGCGCACCUCGCGCUUCACCCGACAAACGGUGCCGACACCGCAUGUCCACAACUUGGGUUUGUCUUCUUUGUCCAAUGGGAAGCACGAGACCUUCACAUCGCGCGUGUCUUCCGCUUCUCCGUCUCCGAAAAGCGCGUGGAAGUCUCAGCAGUCCAUCACUCCUUCAGCCGCCGCUUACUCGCCGUCGCAAAUCAAGUCUUUGCCGUUUAUCGACGCCGAACACCGACUGUCGACUGCUCUGUCGGACGACUCUUCUCCCGUCCACGUCGUGUCCAUUUCAAUGCGUCCCGAUUUUGACGGACGCUUCGGUUUCAACGUAAAAGGCGGACACGACCAGAACUGCCCCGUUCUCGUCUCUCGCGUUGCUCCCAACACUCCGGCCGAUUCGGCGAAUCCGCAACUCAGAGAAGGAGAUCAAGUUCUUCAGAUCAACGGUCAGGACGUCUCAGGUCUCGCUCACGAACGCAUUGUUCAACUCAUUCGGUCAACACGUGACCAGGGACCAGAUGCACAACUCACUCUCGCCAUUCGUCCAAACGUUUACGCCCGAGAAGUGGCCGAAGAGCCCGCCUUUCAGUACAUCCCGGCCGACGUUUCGCCGACCAGUCGACCGCCGAAUUCGGCUCUGGACGAGUCAAUGGCUCUUUUGGCCGAAGGACUGGACAGCGGAUCUCUUGUCUUACAAUUCGAACAAUUGCACCGAAAAAAGUCCGGAGAAUCGACUUCUUGCGCGCGACUCGGCGACAAUCUGGCCAAGAACCGCUACCGAGACAUAUCUCCAUACGACUCGACGCGCGUCGUUCUGAACGACGGACUUUCCGGCGAUUAUAUUAACGCGUCUUUCGUUUCGAUGGAAAUAAACGAAACGAUUAAUCGAUAUAUCGCAACUCAAGGACCGCUCAAAGAAACAACUGAAGACUUUUGGCAAAUGAUUUGGGAACAAAACAGUCCUCUUAUUGUCAUGGUUACACCGCUUGAGGAAAAAGGACGCAAAAAAUGUCACAAAUAUUGGCCCGAACUCGACGACCAAUUGACGGUCUUCGGACAACUCAAAGUCCGUCUAAUUGGUCAGUCGGACGAUCCGGCAAUAGUCGAACGCACUUUCCUUCUCCAAGACUCCAAAGAAGAGCGCCAGGUGCGUCAUCUGCAGUACUUGGCSUGGCCWGACCACGGAGUUCCGGAAAGAGAUCACGAUUUUCUAGAACUGAUUCAAUCGGUUCGUCGAACGCGACAACAGUUUCCUGUUUCUCCGUUUGUCGUCCAUUGCAGCGCGGGAAUCGGAAGAACGGGAGUUUUGAUUCUAAUGGAAACCGCCAUGUGUCUAAUCGAAGCCAAUGAAGCGGUUUAUCCGUUGGAUUUGGUCAGCACGAUGCGCGACCAACGUGCCAUGCUGAUCCAGACUUCGGCUCAAUUCCGAUUCGUCUGCGAAUCAGUUCUCCGCGUAUUUCGCGAGCGAAUCGUCGAUUUGUUUGUGAAUUGAAUUGAAUUUUUGUAAAACUAGUCAUUUUGUAAUUAAUCUCCGAUUAAAUCACUUUU